CGCAAGCGCGUAUUCCACCCGGGGCCAGGGUGAAAAUGCACCACGGCAAGGGAGUGUCAGGAGGCGGUCGCCUCAGCCGUCAAAAUCCGAACAUGCAGCCACCGCAAAAUGGGAUUUGCGAUAAAAUCGAGAAUUACAUAUCCGAGCUCGGAAAGUGGUCCGUAUGGAAGACCAUAAUAUUGGGUCAAUUUCUGUCCGUCGUACUGUGCUUCAUGACGAUUUUCAACCACCACAUAAACACCGAAUACCACCUCGCCUUGCCAACAGGUCAGAAUCUCCCCCAUUACGCCAUGAUGUGCAUCGUCUACACGACGUGGAUGUCCUGCAGGGGGGUUGGCAACGGAUUAAUAUCCGUGACCAGGGCAAGAGGAUGGCGUUAUCUUUUACUCGCGCUGAUCGACGUCGAGGCGAAAACCUUGGUCACGGCCUCUCAUCAGUUCACAAGCCUCGCCAGUAUACAACUCUUAUUGUUGGACUGCGUGGCAAUUCCAGUUGCUUUAGCGCUAUCCUGCCUGGUUCUGGGAGUCAGAUACAGGAUGGUGCACAUUAUCGGAGUUUCGGUCUGCCUAAUGGCCAUCGGAAGCCUGGUGUGGGCGGACAUCGAGGACGACAAGGACUCAACAGCUAUGACUGGCAAAAAUCAACUCGUCGGUGACAUGCUCUGUCUGGGUGGCGCGAUCUUGUUCUCCGUGAUAACAGUCCUCCAGGAACUGGCCGUAAAGACCGUUGACAUAAUAGAGUACCUGGGAAUGAUAGGAUUUUUCGGCACGAUCAUCAGCUGCAUGCAAGUGGGCGUUCUCGAGCGGCUACAACUGGAAUCAUUCUGCUGGGACAACGCUCCUGUAAUAACGUUCCUCAUCCUCUACUGCAUCACUCAGUUCGUGUUUUACUCUCUUGUACCUGUGAUCCUUUUCGAAUCAGGAGCAACUGCGCUUCAGCUCGCACUCCUGACUGCGGAUUUCUUCAAUAUUCUAUUCGGGAUGUUGACGAACCAGUACAAGUUUCACACGCUCUACUUCGUUUCUUACACCUUGACGAUGAGCGGCAUAUAUAUUUACGCGAUUCAACGGACACCGAUUUCGUCAAGUUCAAGAAGACAGCAAGUCGAGCAGCCGGCCCCGGACUACAGACACAUGUCACAUCCCGACGUUGGUGAAGUUGAAAUGGCAACGAGUUCAGGAAUGUCGGCUGUCAGCGGUACCCUCGAUUUACGCGCCUCGACGCUGAGCAGCGAACGAGAAGCCAUCAUCGACGCCACGAGUCUUCCUUUGAGCGUCAGCUCGGACACGGCCUUUACUUCGUUUUAUGGCAGUCAGGUGAAUCUAAAGACGGUAACGACGAACGGUGGUGGUGCGGCAUGCUAAUAAUUAUCCAUUGACACGAUGAGACAAUUUUACCACCGUACUGUGCGUAUAGUUAAUUCGAAAUCCAUUAUUCAAACGCAAAACUUCACGCGCACACAUCAAUUAUCAUAUACACGUCGACGCAAAGAAUAAAAACAUCACAAUCAUCACCCGAAAGCAACAGACUUAACAUUUGUAUUUACAAUAAUGAUUAUACAAUGAUAAUAAGAAAUUCAGGCGCUAAUUAUAUUAGGUAUAAUGUUGUCGAUGUAUGAUCGAUCCGUAAUUGAUAUAAAUAUUUAAUUAUUACGAUACAAUACUGCAUACGUUUAGAGUAGCAUUUAGAUAAUUGAAACGUUAAUGCCACUUUAUAGAAAUAUAAAAUGAAAAAUGCAAAGCCAUGACGAAACGGAAAAAGACGUUUUUAACCAAAAUAUAACAAAACUUCGUGAUUAAAGUAGUAAAAAAAAUGUGCCAAAUGUCAAUGAUCAUUUUAAAUUAGAUUUCACAACAAGACGCACAAGAAAACAAAACGAAUGAAAUCCAUACACGGCACAGGAAAUUUUUUUUAUCUACAUUCGUUACGAUUAUUAAUAUUAUUUAUCGCGAUUUUCAAGAUUCAAUUUCACAUCUUGCAGCAAUUAAUAAGUUGUAAUUCUUUGAUUAACAAUUGUGUUGAAAUUUAUGUACAUACGAAAAAAAAACAAAAAAUGGUUAUCUUCAAACUGUAAUUUAUGUAACCCUGUUAUAACGUAUGAUUACAUAAAUAGGAAAGUAUCAUUUGUGUUUAAAUUAAUGUGGAUUCAAUUUGAAAUAAAUAUAAUACUUCAAGGACUGUAGUAAAAAAAAAAAAAAAAAUGAAACCAGCAAAAACUGAUUAUACACAUCCUGAAUAGUGUGGUAUAUCUUGUAAAUUUUGUAUAAUCCAACUGCAAGACU